CCGAGUACACACGGUGGACCACGGGGAGGGAAACACACAUAUCCUUCACUGAGAGUUAACUGAACUUUACGCAGCCAGUCGGUGAGAGGGGCGCAGGAGAGGACUUCCGUUUCUACCCAGUGGAAUUCGGAGUUGCUUCACCUGAUGAAGGGAUGUUGUUUUCAGCUAACAGUGAACGAACAUUCACUUUUUUAGUGGUGUCCUUUUUCUCUCCAGCCCAUGAGCAGAGUUGGAUGUGAGUAAACACUACAAUGUUUCACGCGGCUGUUUGUGCUCCUCUCGUGAUGGGCUGACAGAGACAGAGAGACCGAACCAAAUGGAUUAUCUUUCAUCCAAACUCCACCGGCCACCUGUAGAGUAACUAACGGGCCGGUAUGAUAGUGUCUAACGUUAGUCUGAGCUGCGGCGUGAGCUGCCCAUGGGAAGUCAGUGACGGUAAAACGGUGGUCACGCAGGGAGGAGGCUCAGGUUCUCUGAGUCCUACGGGACAUCUCGUGGUGGCAGUGUGUCUGGGGUUCAUAGGUACAUUCGGUUUCCUCAACAACCUCCUGGUGUUAACGUUAUUCUGCCGGUACCAUACGCUGCGCUCGCCCAUCAACGUCCUGCUGUUGAGUGUGUGUGUUUCGGACCUGCUGGUCUGCGUGCUCGGGACACCGUUCAGCUUCGCUGCUGCCACGCAGGGCAGGUGGCUGAUCGGUAGGGCGGGAUGCGUCUGGUAUGGCUUCAUCAACUCCUGUUUGGGUAUCGUGUCUCUGAUCUCCCUGGCAGUGCUGUCCUAUGAGCGUUGCUGUACCAUGCUGUGUCGGAUGCAGGCGGAUGGUACUGACUUCGGUACAGCGGUGGCCGGAGUGUGUUUCUCCUGGGUCUACGCCCUGGCCUGGACACUGCCCCCGCUGCUGGGCUGGAGCAGCUAUGGCCCCGAGGGACCAGGAACCACCUGUUCAGUGGACUGGAGGACCCAGACACCCAACAACAUCUCCUACAUCGUCUGUCUGUUCACCUUCUGUCUGUUACUGCCUUUCUCUGUCAUAAUGUACAGCUACGGCAAGCUGCUCAGCGCUAUCAAACAGGUGAGCAAUGUGAGCACGGCGGUAACCCGUCGUCGUGAGCAACGUGUGCUGGUGAUGGUGGUAACCAUGGUAACGUGUUACCUGUUGUGUUGGCUGCCGUACGGUGUAGCGGCCCUGCUGUCGACCUUUGGCCCUCGCAACCUUUUGACCCCUGAGGUCACCAUAGUCCCCUCUCUGCUGGCCAAGACAUCUACAGUCAUCAACCCUGUUAUAUACAUCUAUAUGAACAGACAGUUCUACAGGUGUUUCAAGGCUUUGCUAAGAUGUUCUACUCCUGACCGAAGCUCCAGUUUGAAGGCGUCGUCACCGGCGACCAAAACUCUCGGGACCGUUCGCAAUGGAAACGGACACGGCGUGCCGGUUGUUUUGGCGUCAGUAGGCCCUCCCACUCCGACUGACUCUGCCAACAGUUCCUUAGUGGUAGCGGAUAACCUGCCACUGUCACCUCCCAAAAUCCCUCCCCGGGUCCAAACCACACCCCCUCUCCAAAUCACUCCCCCGGUCCAAACCACGCCCCCUCUCCAAAUCACUCCCCCUGUCCAAAACACGCCCACUGCCACUCCCAAACCAAGACUGACCCUCGUAGCUCACUACAAUGGAUAGAGAGAGAAAGGCUUUGUGUUCCCAAGACAUGAUGUACGUUAGGAGUAAGAAGGAGAUAUGUCAUGGUAAGAUGGAGGUCUCUCUGAGUAGUAGUCAUUUGAAGCUGUGCAGUAGGUGGUUUUGUUCUUAUCAAUGUGAAUGAUCAGAAGUCUGACAGAUCUGUGGUGAGGAUAAAGUCCCUAGGAGUCACACACACACAC